CCCCCCCCCCGUUCCUUUCCCCGCUGCAAUAAGCACGUGGACCAGGGGAGAACGUAUAAAAGGCCACAUCCGGCCGCAUCACCGGACACAGACACAGCUUCGCUUCUCCCAGUGGAUAUACCUCCCCGACCAAAAGCAGACGCCGGCAUGUCUUCGCAGUUUCGGCUGGGGGCUGUAGCCCUGACUGUACUCUUGAUGGCCUGCCUGGUGCCACCCACGGAGCAGAGCCAUAAGAUCAAGAAGCUCAAGUUGGGCGCUGCUGCGGCCGCCGCUGCCGUGGGCAAGAUCACGCCUCUGGCCUUGGCAGCCGGGGCCGCGGGUGCGUCGCUCGUCGGCAGCGCGGCCGUCUCGCACCUCAUCCAUUCGCACCACCAUCACCACGGCGGUCACCACCACCACCACCACUUCCUGCCCGUCCACCACACGCACAAGGUCCACAUACCCAUCCCGUUCCACGUGCACUCGCACAGCGAUCACCACCACCAUCAUGGCCUGGUUGACUUCGGCUACGCUGAUCACGGAUUCGGUCACGGUCACGGCCACGGUCACGGUCACGGCUUCUUCGCUGACUACGGCCACGGUUUCGGCGGUGGCCUGCUGGGUGGAUUCGGCUACGGUGGACACGGAGACUACGAGGGUUGGUGGUGACCUCCCGGACAUUACUGAGGGCCUCGAUACACGGCCGACGUCCCGCCCCUGCGCGGCACCAUAGAGUCGCUGGGAAAAAAGAAAGAUGUCCCGGAUAUCGCUUCAAAUUGCACAAAAACGCUGUCAAACGAUUAUCGGGCGUAGAUAAGAAAACGUGGAGUUCUCCAGCUCACGUGUGUCACCAAAACCUUAAAUUAUUCUACCAAAGGCAGAAUUGGUUCAUAUAGAGCUAUAGCAGACGAAGGGCUUGAAUGACGGAAAUAGACAAGGGCUACAGAAUCAACUUUGAGGGCUUCAAUCCAGUCCUACAAUAAGCUCUGGCGUGAUCACAUUUUUGUGGGCAAAGCGUCGGCGGUGAGAUGUUUUGUCCAACGCCGCUCGGCUGCUAGAAGACAUGGCCGCAGUUCUGGAAGCAACGGAUGGUCCAAGCGUGGUAGCUGCCGAUCUCUACAAAACAUUUCCCAGCGACUCUAGGCUGCUCCAACCUGGCAGCAGACGUGCUCGGGCGGGACUUUUCGGGGAGGCAAGUAGGGCUGGAAGGAAGAAAUUUUCACAGUUGGAAUCUUAACUUCCCGAGAUGGAGGGAGCUUGGCGGCGUGUCGAUGCCGUUGGGAAACAAGGAAUCAGUGUGGUUUUGGGUGGCACUGUGCUGAAUGUGUCUAUUACGAUUGUUUGUCUCGGGUGACCCCCCCCUCCGUAACAUGCGUGUGUGUCGUUGUCACACUGCCACUCAGGUGAAUAUAUUCGCGAGAAACUAGGCUGUAAAUACUUGUACAUAACACAUCUCGUUGGUUUCAGUAUAAAUACGGCUCAUAUACGUAUCUUCGCGGUUUUUACAUACCUGUCUUUUGUUUUGUCUUCCUAACCAAAUAAUAAAAAGCAAAAGGUUGUUACUUUCUCACAUCAUUCUUUCUCACACCCUUGGGCAUGUUUUUUGUCAUUGUUUUUGUGUGUUUUUGUACUGUUCUUUAGUGUCUUACAACAAUGUUCUCGCGGAGUGAGUGUGUACUCUUUCCACUUAUAGGAUUUGUUUUUUUUUUGUUGUUGUUUUGUUUUGAAUAUAUAAACGUUGUCCGCAAGAAGUGCAUGAACAUUUCACAUUGUCACUAGCCGAUUUCGCGUAAUGAUACGAGUGGCUGGCAUUGUAUACCAAACGCUAAAUUUGGUGCGCUCCUUGUGUUGUUUUAGACAUAUUAUCUUUUUGGCAAUAUUUUUGCUACAAUAAGAUGUUAUAUAGUUUAUAAAUGCACUGCGUUUUUACGCGCGAAAAAAAAAAAAAAAGAACGGCUUGUCACAAACGCCCCUGACCCUUGUUUUGUGAUGUGAAGUUUGUGCCACUUGUGUAACCAUUUCUUUGUGUGUCAUUUUACUGUGGAGCCCCAUCUUUCGUGAUCCCGUUCAAUAGUGACCUGCUUAGUCAAUAAAGGAAGUCUUCCUCUC